AUGCUGCUGAAUGAUACAGAAAAAAAAGAUCCACCAUUUUUGAAUCGUUUUGAAAAAAAUAUGAUAGAUAUUCAUCAGUUAAUUCAACCUGUACAUUGGACAAUAACACGAGAAUUAUUAGCAUGGUUAAGUGGAUUUUUAGAGUUAUCAACAGUCACAACAGCAAAACAUUUUAUUCUUAUACAACAUAUGAUAGUUAAUUUUAAUUGUCACUAUGUAUGUAAUCUUGUUAUUGAUCAUUAUAAACAAGACGAACAAGAAUCUACUAUUAAAUAUUGUAAAGAUAAAUUUAUAUGUGCUAGUUCAUUUGAUUUUGUACUAAUGUUAACAUUAAAUCAUCAAGAAAAUUCAUCAUUGAUUCAACAAUAUUAUGAUAGGAAAAAAAUUAGUUUUAACGAUAUAAUUAUAGACAUUCUUGAAAAUAAAAAUAAGAAUAAAUAUGGACAAAUUAUUUAUACCUAUACACAAAUAUAUGAGACAAUUCAUUAUCCUAAUAUAUUAGACAAUAAUAUUGACGAAGUAAAAUUGGCCAAUUUUAUAUCAGAAUUAGAAUUGAUUAACAAGGUUAAACAAUAUUACCAACCAUCAAUGCAAAAAUCAUUAUUAAUUAUUCGUAUUGAUUAUCAUAAAGAAAAAAAUCAUUUAUUAUUACUUAAACGUAAUUUACUUAAUAUAUAUAAUGAAUUAAAUGUAUUAAAUACAAAUAUGAAUAAAACAAUUUAA